AUGCUUCUGUUUGUAGUGGAUGCAAAGGCAAGUGUUGCACGGGAUAAUGUGGCUGUUUCUUCCCCGAAGACAAUGGAGAUAAGCUCUGUUCCCGAUGCAGGCGGAAAGAAUCCGGGGAACGGUGCCAAGCAAGCCAUGCCAUCUGCUAAAUCCCGCUCUGUCUUUGCGUUUUCAUGGCCUGUACCAGGGCGUACUGAAGAUCAAGCUCCAGAUUCAUCAGCUGGAUCCGCUAAACUUGAUGUCAGCCCCGAGGCGGCCGGGGCGAACAAAGGCGCGAGUCAAAGCGCGGAGGUUCCCGCGGCAGCUGCGCCGGAGCGACGCUCCCAUAAAAACCUGGCCCAGGCCCCUCCUGCCGCAGCGCGCGGGGAAGAGGCACUCGCAGCACCGGGGACACCUGAGGGAGAGGAUGCGGCUGGGGCGGAGCCCAAACAAGUAACCUUUUUUGACAGAAUCUUCAAACUGGAGAAGAAAAAGGAAAGGAGUAACACACAAAUUGAUACCCGAGAGGAAGGGCAGGCUGCAGACACUGCUGACGGAAGCAUCCUGGCAAAAGAGGCUGUCGGAUUACAGAGCACGUCAAGAAGUGUCCCACAGGGGCAGGAGAUAGAUGACUGCAACCAAAAGGACACUCAGCAGGACGCAGCAGGUGUCAACUGUGCCGGCACUGAGCAACCUGAAAGGGCAGAGGUAAAACAGGAGAACCCUCAAGCAGCUGCUGCACUUGACAACGACAAUUCUGUCAUGAGUUUCCUUAAAACACUGGUCUCCCCAAGCAAAGCUGACACCAAAAGAGAUUCUGAAGACAAGGGCUCCAAAGUGGAUAAAGGCCAUGGUGGGCAACCCGCUCCGAAGACAGCUGCUGAAUCCCAAACGAAGGGAGCCAAGAAAAAGAAGCCGGAGUCUCCCAAACUGGGGCACAGUACAUUUAGCAAACUCUUUAGGCAUAAGGCUGCAAAAGAGGCCCAGCAGACAACUAAUACCAAAAGCCCCGAACAGCAGCCAGUUACCUCUGUAAAAGCAGAAAAAAACGCUCCAUCCUCUCAAGAGCCUCAACCAACUAAACACAACGCAAAAGGCCCUGACCCCGCAGCCCAGCAGCCGGCGGCGGCGGGAGCAGCUCCCGAAGGCCCCAGGGAGCUGCCCAAGGAGAAGGCGGCGGCUGCGCCCAUGCCUCUGAGCAAGCUCUUUCGGAAAAAGAGCCCAUCGGAUGAAGCAGAGAUUGUAAGCAAUGAAAAAGCAGAGGUGUCUUUAGAAGCAGUGGCUCCUGCUAAAGAGGAAAACAAAAGCCCAGAAGCUUCAGAAGUGAAACCUAGAAGAGAAGAAAUCAAAACCCCCAAAGCAAACCUGAGGAAAUUUUUUAAACUGUCAGUCAAGGGUGAUGGAGGGACUUCCAAAUCAGAAGAGGUAAAUGGUCCAAACCCCAAUCACCAAACAUCAAACUCCACAGGGAGGCCAGUUGCCCCAACUGAAAGCGAACCUGUGGGCCAAAAGAGCAAAGAGAGUUCAAAAGACAAGAAGUCGACAGUGGAGCUGAGCAAGCAGAAAGGCACCAAACAGGAAACCAGGGAGCAGCCAGACUCCAGGGAGCAGCAAACAACCGAGACCGAUUCCAUGCAGAACGGAGGAGACACUUCAAAGGAGCCCUCCCUCAAGAAGCCAGAGAAGAGGCAGUCCUUUGGAGGGUUUUUUAAGGGCCUCGGUACCAAAAGGAUGUCUGAUGCUGAAGUGCAAACAGAUCCCGUGUCUAUCCUACCCGCUGGGAAAUCCAAGUAAUGAAAGUAAUGAACACACUUGGCUGCUGAAGGAUCAGCCACUCUCUAUAUGCAGUAAAGAUGACUCAUUAUUUUCCUUUAUGUGGCUGUCAUCAAAUGCCUGAGGCUAAAGCAAACAUUGGUGUAUCAUUUAAGGUAUAUCAUUUACAGGAUUUGUUGAUUAAAUGCUAGAAAGUAACUGUAAAGAUUAAACCAAAACUCUGUCAAGAAGCAAUGUGUAGUAUUACUUUUAAAGAAAGGUCAUGUGGAUGAUCUUAAGUCUAUGGAGGGUAGGGUAUGUAAGGUAAGAAAGUGGUAGUGAAUUAAAUAAAUGGCAGAAAAAAGUGCAUGUGACAAAGGAAUGCAAUUUGUGCAGUAAGGCAUGAGAAACAAAUCCUCAACUCCAACUUGGGAGCUUUAAAACAGCCGGGG